GCAGGCCAUGGCUCCCUGGACGGGCGCCGAGCUCCUGGCCCUGAGCCCGCUGCGCGCGCUGUGGCUAGCGCUGGCCGCCGCCUUCCUGCUGGCCCUGCUCUUGCAGCUCGUGCCGCCCGGCCUGUUCCCGGGCUAUGCGUUCUUCCAGGAUCUGAUCCGCUAUGGGAAGACCAAGCUGGGCGGAGUGCCGCGCCCGGCCGCCUGCCGCGCCUUUGACGUCCCCAAAAGAUACUUUUCUCACUUCUAUGUCAUCGCUGUACUAUGGAAUGGCUUCCUGCUUUGGUUCCUUAUACAAUCUCUGUUCCUGGGAGUGCCUUUUCCAAACUGGCUUCAUGCUUUGCUGAGAAUUCUUGGAGCAGCACAGUUCCAAGGGGGUGAGCUGGCACUGUCGGCGUUCUUGGUGUUGCUGUUCCUGUGGCUGCACAGUGCACGGAGACUCUUCGAGUGCCUCUAUGUCAGCGUCUUCUCCAAUGCCGUGAUUAAUGUAGCGCAAUACUGUUUUGGACUUGUCUACUAUGUCUUGGUUGGCCUAACUGUGCUGAGCCAAGUACCAAUGGAUGGCAGGAAUGGUGAGUGGUCCCUCCCAUAUCACAGGCCUCCUGAGGGGUGGUCUUCAGUCUAUGUGAUAGGGAAAAACGUCCUGAUGCAAGCGCGAUGGUUUCACAUCCUGGGAAUGGUGAUGUUCAUCUGGUCCUCCGCACAUCAGUAUAAGUGCCACGUCAUCCUCGGCAAUCUCAGGAGAAACAAAGCAGGCAUAGUCAUUCACUGCAACCACAGGAUCCCUUUUGGAGACUGGUUUGAGUACGUCUCUUCCCCAAAUUACCUAGCAGAGCUCAUGAUCUACAUUUCGAUGGCUGUCACCUUUGGUUUCUACAACACAACUUGGUGGCUAGUGGUGACAUAUGUCUUCUUCAGCCAAGCCCUGUCUGCGUUCCUCAGCCACAAAUUCUACAAGAGCCAAUUUGUCUCCUACCCAAAGCACAGGAGAGCUUUCCUGCCAUUUUUGUUUUAAGAUCACCUCCGUCAUGAGGAAUGCAAGCCAGGAGACAAGUUCAAGUUCCUAGAGACAUAAAGUCAAAAGCCUGCAGGAUUUUCUACUUUUACACAAAGAACUUCUUUUUUUUUUUUUUUUUGCCAGUCAUGGUGCCUGAACUCUGGGCCUGGGCACUGUCCCUCCGCUCUU